AGUCAUGUAAGCAUAAAGCAUAGGAAUGAUAUAUGGUAGCAAGUUAGCAACAGACAGCCACAAGCAAACCAAACCUUAUCAUCUCAUCUCCUUCUAAAAGUCAUUCAGUCUCCACUGUUACAGAUCGAGUACAGAGUGAACUAACCAUGGCCGACGCUGUCAUCUCCAGUGUUGUGACCAGUCUUGUGGAUCAGCUGUUCAUAAUCAUCAAGGACCAAGCCCAGGAGCUAAGAGCAGCGUUGGGUGUGGAGAACGAGAUCCAAAGCCUCUCAUCAAAGCUCGACAAAAUCAGGGCGGUGUUGGAUGAUGCAGAGAGGAGAAGCUUCAAGGAAAAGGGCGUCAAGCUCUGGGUGGAAGAGAUCAAAAACUUCAGCUACGAUGUGGAAGAUGUUCUGGACGAGUGGAGCACCAAAAGUCGCAGACAACAGAUAGAGAGGUCGUCCCAGGUUGCAGCAGCAGGAAGCUGUUGCUCUUUCCUGCUAGCAGUAUUUUCAUGUUUCCAUUUCGAAAGGGUUGUUAUGCAUCGAGACAUCGCCAACAAAAUAAAGGAACUUGAUUCCAGACUUGAUCGGAUUACCAAAGACAAAGAUGUGUACAAUUUUGUUGCUGUAACACACACUACACACAGUUCUGGUCAAGAAUCGAAGCGAGUGCCCAGUACUUCGUUUGUGGAUGCUUCAGAGAUUCAAGGUCGGGAAUCCGAUGCCAGUGCUUUAAUAAGCAAGUUGCUUCAAGGUCCCCCUAGCCCUGUCGUGAUUUCCAUAGUGGGCGCGGGAGGGAUAGGGAAAACUACCCUUGCUCAAUUAGUCUAUGGCGAUAAUCAAAUAGAGGCUCAUUUUCCUGAAAGGGUGUGGGUUUGUGUUUCAGACACUUUUGACGAGAUCAAGAUUGCGAAAGCCAUUGUUGAGUCAAUCACUAAAAGCUCCGCAAAUCUCUCUGACCGACUGCAAGUGUUACUGGAAAAAAUUCAAAGCACUUUGUCUCACAAGAGAACUAGGUUCCUACUUGUGUUGGAUGAUGUCUGGAUAGAGAAUUAUGCAAAGUGGGAGCCAUUUAACAACUGUCUCAAAGGUCUUGGUAAGAACUGUCCUGGGAGUAGAAUCUUGGUGACCUCAAGGAAAAAGAACGUUGCAAGAAUGAUGAGAAGUGUGUAUGAACAUCCGGUGGAGCUAAUAUCCGACCCAGAUGCUUGGUCGUUGCUUAGCAAGAUAGCAUUUUCCGGGAGAAGCAACAGGGAGGAGGAUGCUUAUUCUGAGAAACUGAAAGAAAUUGGUAAGCAAAUUGCUCAAAAGUGCAAAGGACUGCCACUUGCUGUUAAGGUCAUGGGAAGCCUAUUACGUAGCAAAGACACUACUGAAGAGGAAUGGCAAUAUGUUUUAUCUAACCUGGAUGAUAAAUUUUGGAAGAUGGAGAAAAUGGAAACAGAUAUCUUUCCUCAUUUGUAUCUAAGCUAUCAUGAUCUAACUCCACAGAUGAAGCGAUGUUUCUCAUAUUGUGCUGUCUUUCCCAAGGAUUAUCAAAUAAAUGUAAAUAGCCUCAUCAGAAUUUGGAUGGCACAAGGUUAUCUCCCAACAACAAAUGGCAGCAGUGAUCAUAAUCAGAUGGAACAAAAAGGCCGGGAGGUUUUUGGGAAUUUAGCAAUGCGUUCUUUGUUCCAAGAUUUUACGAAAGAUGAUGAGGAUUCCAACAUCAUUAUAUUUUGCAAAAUGCAUGACAUAGUGCAUGAUUUUGCCGAGUUUCUUACCAAAAACGAAUGCUACAGUAUUAGCCAGCAUGAGGAUAAGAAGAAGAUUGAAAAUCUACGUCAUAUAUCAUGGCAAAAAACUGGAAGGCUUAUGGAUCUUGCUUCCAUUUGUGAUGUACAUGGAAAACUCCGGAGCUUUUUUGCUGAAGACCUUUCUCCAGAACAACUUACUCUAAAUGUGUUCAAUGGUUUAAAAUUUGUGAGAGUAUUGAGAUUGCAAGACUGUAAGUUGCAGAAACUUCCAAAAGAGAUUGGAAAUUUGCUUCAUCUGAGAUACAUUGAUUUAGGUCGGAGUGACGUACACGAGUUACCUGAUUCAAUUUGCUCUUUGGAUAAUUUGCAAACUCUAAAUCUUAACCACUGUUACCAUCUUUCUAGACUACCUGACUCUAAAUCUUUAUGGAUGCGUGUCUUUCUAGACUUCCUGAAGGGAUUGGAAAUUUGCGUCACCUAAGCAAGAUUGAUUUAGGUCAGAGCAAAGUUGAGGAGUUACCUGAUUCAAUUUGCUCUUUGGAUAACUUGGAAAUUCUAAACCUUAAAGGAUGUGA